AUGAAGAAACUCCUUACUCAAGACGUGCUGGGAGUCAAACCCACCGAGCUCUGCACGUGUAGUAAUAAAGAUUUCAAGGAAAGCAGAUUUAUCAAGUCAAUUGCAAAAUCAACUCAAAUCAUGGAUGGGCGGGUCCAAGUGCGCAUGCCAUGGAAAGACGAGGGUCCCCCAAAAGAGACUAACUACGAUGUCGCCUACAAACGAAUGAUCUCUUCCAGAAGAACGUUCAGGAGGAAAGACUGCCUUGAAGUGAUACAAGACGAAGUUCAGAAGCUACUUGAACAAGAAUUCGUAAAAGAAGUACCUCCAGAACAGAUGAACCAUGAAACUCCAGAGUGGUAUCUUGCCCAACAAGCAGUUUUCACUCCUGACAGAACGUCCACAGUCCUGCUAGUAUUCGAUGCCUCCGCGCAGGGACGUGAUGGAAAGUCAUUGAAUUAUCAUCUCGAGAAAGGAACAAACUAUAUCGAUAGUUUGCCCAACGUGUUCAUUGCAUGGUGCUUUGACAAGGAAGCGUAUACUGGUGACGUACGCAAAAUGUUCAACCAAGUGAAGAUUCAUCCAGAUGACCAAGUGUUUCACCACUUUCUGUGGAGAACAAAAGAUACCGAGCAACCAAGAGUCUAUCGGUGGUUAAGGUUAAACUUUGGAGACAAACCUGCACCAGACAUAGCUGCAGCAACAAUUAAUACCCCGGCCAAAGCCUCGGAAGCUCACGGAUUUCCUUGGACAAAGUUCACGACACGUUUACCUUCGAGUGUUACACUAUCAACCAUUGAAUUUAGGAUCGAUUUACAAAAACUAUGGAGCGUAGGAUUUCAUGGGGUGAAGAGAGCCAAACGAAGUGGAUGGAGGAUGUUCAAGUUCAAAAGAAACUCAAAUCCUGACAACGCGGUUGGAUUGCCAGAGAUUCACGGGUUUUGCAACGGAGGAGAGAAAGCCUAUGGCUCAGCCAUAUUUCUUCGAUCGAAACUCGCCGAUGGCAGUUAUUCCUGCAUACUGCUCAUGGUUAAAGUGUUUGUUGCCCCUUUGAAGAAAAAGUCAGUACCACGCUUGGAGUUCAUGGGGUGCCUCUCACUUGCAAAAUUACACAGUACAUAUAAAGAAGCACUAGAAUUCGCCGAGAUCAGCAAUUGCAAGAAACUGUUCUGGAUUGAUUCUCAGACCGUGUUAACCUGGCUUAAAACCUCUCCAAGAAAGUCCAAACUGUCUGUUUCGGUGAAAGUUGCUGAAAUCUAG